CCCUCUAUCAGUCGGUGCAGCCGUCAGCGUAGGGACGAUUGAAAGUGACAGUGUGAUUAGAAAGCGCUCCUCUGCGCCGCUGCACGACUGGAACUCAGACGCUGCUGUUUUUACUUUUCGCUCAGGUUUGGGUUUUGUUUUUCAUCUCGGACUGCUGACCGCGUCCCGUCCCCCCUCUUUUUUUUGUGCCUCCUGUCUCCAUCUCUCUUUCUUUUUUUCGAGGAUGAAGACGUGAAGCCAGUCAGCAGCACCCCGCAUACGCACAGAGGAACGGCAGGAGGAAAGAAAAAGUCAAGGGAAACAUCCAGGACGCGGUGCGCAAAGUCCGGUCCGCAGACCACCCCAGCAGCCGCUUUUGAACGCUCAUCAUCCGGCCACCUCUCCACUCUGACCGCGCUUGCUUUGCGCACAAUCGGCAACACGCACACACUCACGAGCUGAGAAGGCAACUCUUUUUUUUUAAUUUACCCCCGGAUCUGCUGCUCCGAGUUUAGAUCUGGUCCGACACCAGCAGGACCCGGACCCAAACCAAGGUCCAGCCCUGGAUUCACUACUGCUGAUCAAUGGACAGAGCCUCUUCGGCGGGCAACAGCGCUACAGACACGCCGUGAACAACUCUUUCUCUCUGACUGGAGCUCCAUUGGGAGUGUGGAGGAGGAUGGAGCGAGGAGCGGAGAGUCCUGUCGCCCAGGGGAGUCCAGAGCGGAGGGGAGGCAGCCCGGACCUAAGCGGUCUCCCACCACCAGGAAAGAAGAGCCGGCUGGAGCUCAACGGGAGCCCCACAGGACCACGGACACGCCACAAUGGAGCCCCGACACGGCCCCUUGGAGGUCUGAUGAUUCCAGUCUUCUGUGUGGUGGAGCAGUCGGACGGAGGGCUCCAAGGCGACGGAUGUGAGGGAAGAGAGGAGCAUGCGGAGUUUGUGCUGGUCAGGAAAGAUAUUCUCUUCUCCCAGCUGGUGGAGACCGCGCUGCUGGCCCUCGGCUACUCUCACAGCUCAGCCGCGCAAGCCCAAGGAAUCAUCAAGGUGGGAAGGUGGAACCCUCUGCCCAUCCAUUUUCUUACCGACGCACCUGAAGCCACCGUUGCAGACAUGCUGAUGGAGGUCUAUCACAUGGUCACGCUGCACAUCCAACUACAAAGCUUUGCAAAGCUGGAAGAUCUGCCCUGUGAGCAGUGGAACCACGCGACUGUCAGGAAUGCUCUCAAGGAGCUGCUGAAGGAAAUGAACCAAAGCACUCUGGCCAAAGAGUGUCCUCUGUCACAGAGCAUGAUUUCCUCCAUAGUGAAUAGCUCUUACUACGCCAAUGUCUCCACUGCCAAAUGUCAAGAGUUUGGGCGUUGGUAUAAGAAGUACAAGAAAAUCAAAGGGGAUUACCUGGAGAAGAUGUGGGCUGGCCGAGACGCUGCAGACAUUAAAAUUGAGAGGGACAACAUGUCAGACUUCUGCGUGCUGGGACAGAGACCUCCUCCCCACCUCGCUCAGCUCAGUCACCUUAGUGCUGGCGGACCCCUACUCAAAGCUGGAUCUGGCGACCCACAGGCCCCUUCACAGCCACUUCAGCAGCCUCCUCCUCCCCAGCAACAGCCCUCGCCUCAUGGCCCACUCCACCACAGCCCUCCCCUCCGCACGGGGCAGGUGCCUCCCCCUCCCCCGCCACCUCCGCCUGGCGCCAUGCAGCCCCUGCUGGGGCCAGGUGGGCUCCUCUCGCCACAGCUCUCCCCACAGCUGGUCCGCCAACAGCUCGCCAUGGCCCACCUCAUCAACCAGCAGCUGGCAGUGAGCCGCCUGCUUGCUCACCAGCACCCUCAGACCCUUAACCAACAGUUCCUCAACCACCCGCCCAUCCCUCGGGGUUCAUCCAAAGUUGGAGGCGACCAUCCUGGGAGCAACCCAUCGGCUGCCGAGGUGUCCUCUGAAAUCUACCAGCAGGUCAGAGAUGAGCUGAAGAGAGCCAGCGUCUCGCAGGCAGUGUUCGCCCGCGUGGCCUUCAACCGCACACAGGGCUUGCUGUCUGAGAUCCUGAGGAAGGAGGAGGACCCUCGCACGGCGUCGCAGUCGCUACUGGUCAACCUGAAGGCCAUGCAAAACUUCCUGAACCUGCCAGAGAGCGAGAGAGACCGCAUCUACCAGGAGGAGAGAGAGCGCACCAUGAACCCCUCGGUGGGACUGCCCACCUCCAACGCCACCAACCCUGGAGCCCAGCGCCUCUCCCAGAAAGUGUGGGAGAGGAGCCUGGACGACCCAAUAGCCCCUGAUACAUGGGCCUCCAUCUGGAAGAACAAGACCAAGAUCUCAAACUCUCCAAAGCCGUCCGGCCCAGGGCCAGACCUCCCUCUGAAGCUGGAGUCACUGGUCAACAUCACGUCAGGCAUCUACGAGGAGAUCCAGCAGGAGAUGAAGAGAGCCAAGGUGUCGCAGGCUUUGUUUGCCAAGGUGGCUGCCAACAAGAGCCAGGGCUGGCUGUGUGAGCUGCUUCGAUGGAAGGAGAACCCCAGCCCGGAGAACCGUACCCUGUGGGACAACCUGUGCACCAUCCGGAGGUUCCUGGCGCUGCCGCAGGCCGACAGGGACCUGGCCUACGAGGAGGAGUCCCGCCACCACCACAGCGAGCGGCUGCACACUGUCCUCCACCUGCCGCAGGAUGCUCAGCUCUACUUUCUUUCUCGCCAGGCACUUCACCGGCCACCACCGCUCCCAGUAAAAGACCACCACCUGUCUCCAAUGCGUGAAGACCCUUUACCUGUCCAAGCAAAUGAGGAGAGGUCACAGAAUGCAGGAGUAGGAGCAGCAGGCGGAUGUCCUCCCGCUGCGGCCGGCAGUACUGGCAGCAACAAGAAGCCACGGUCCCGCACUAAGAUUUCCUUAGAGGCCCUAGGCAUCCUGCAAAGCUUCAUUCAGGAUGUGGGCCUGUACCCCGAUCAGGAGGCAAUCCACACCUUGUCUGCACAGCUAGACCUCCCCAAACACACAAUCAUCAAGUUCUUCCAGAACCAGCGCUAUCACGUCAAGCACCAUGGCCGCCUUAAGGAACUGGGCGAGGGGGCAGCUGCCAGCGGAGGGGUUGAUGUGAGUGAAUACAGAGACGAGGAGCUGCUCUCUGGCUCGGAGGAUCCUGAGUCUAGUGAGGAUGGAGCUGAGGAGAUCUACCAGACAGCAGAGGGGAGCACAGGGGGCUUGAACCAGCCUCCGACCUCAUCCAGCUCCACCUCCACUCAGUCGUCCUCAGGUACCAAUGUUGCUCAGGAGGAGUGCAAGGAUAAGGGGACCAGCCGACUUGGUGGUCCUCUGGUUCCUGGGAGCUCCUCUUCCAGUCCCCAACAGCAACAGACUGACUACCAAAGGUAGAAACUGACAAACAUCAUCAGAUCGAGAAGAAACAGGAGAAGAUUGGGAACUUGUCAGGACAGCAGCAAAACAACUGGGUGGUACAUGAAUGUCUGUACAGGCACACUGAGUUGAGAUCUUCUAUGUUGAUGACUGAAACAACCAGACUGACCAGUUUAUUGUGACAAUCUCAGAUUUGUGGAAUUUGUGAAUUUACCUCAGAAAAAGACUGCAGGUUUAUAGGAGUGGUUGUAUAACUGUGACAAAUUUACCACAGAAUUUUUUCAAUUUCCCCCCCUUAGAUUUAUAAAAGGCAGGAAAGACCUUUGCUGCUCAAGCAGAAACAUUCACACAAUUUCUCAGCCAAAAAGACAGUGUGAUAAAAAGGGAAGUUCCUCCUCCCAAUUGCUGAAAUCUGAGGAAGCCUCACAAGGAACAUACUCACCUACGUGUUUUUUUCUCCCAAGUGGUGACAGGAACCUGAGGCUUUCACCGACUCAUACAUCCUCAGGAGACUAUGGCAGUGCUUUUGCCUGCCUCAGAAUGCACAUGGACAACACUGUGCGUCAUCAAGCUUUAAUUCACCAAGGGGAGAGGCCGAACUAUGCUUCAAACUCACUGGUAUUCCUGUUUAGCACUUAAAGUCCGCAAAGACUGACACUUUUCAAGUGUGAUGUUGUGUUCUCCUCUUAAGGAAAAGUGUGCCAGGAGGAUCAAGAGGAAGCAGUGAAAGAAGGACACUUGGGCCUGCCCCCUUCCUGGCUCCACUCGCGAGUGUGUGGUGGAAGAAAAAAAAAAGCCCAGAAGGUUUAAAGACAGCGCCUAGAUGUUCAGCAACCAAACAAUCAGUCACUUUAUGUGUGGUAGUCGUCCCCCCUCCCUCCCUGCCCACAGUCCCAUUUCACCACACCUUCCCACACUUAAACUUCACCAAGCCUAUUUAUUGCUAUCUUUGUCCAUGAUUAUUAUUAUCAUUAUUUUUAUUAUUGUUGUUAUUAUGGUUAGAAUUGCUGUCACUGCGUGCUAUUUCUAGGUUUUAUUUCCAUGGUUUAAAACAGUGGUUUUCAGAAGUGGGCGGCUGUGUGGACAACAGACAGUAAAAGUUUGGUGCCCUUUCAAAUGGCCGAGGGAAAAGACAGUGAGGGUGGACGAAAAUAAAGAGAAGCAGUUACUGAGUGUUACUGGGUAAGAUGAAAUGUCCUGUCGCGUUGUAUUAUGCCAUUUUUUUUACUAGCUCUGUUUCCCAAAAAUAGAAGAAUCCAGUGUGCUUCUUUUUUGCUGCAGUUGAUGACAAUCUACUUUUUUGAGCUCUUAAAGAAAAGUGGCAGGUUUGACUCUGUUGUUAGCUUUUAAUGUGUGUAAAUACCCAAAAUGGGAUAAAUUGUUGUUGUUAUACUUGUUUAGUUUUUUUUCUGAGUGUUUUUAAAUGUUUGAGCCAGUUUGGAGAAACAGAGGACUCAGUGAAAAAUUUCAUCAAGGCUAUUUAAAAAAAACAUGCUCUUCUUUUUUGAUGUCUGGUGCAGUUGUGUAAGCGUGCAGUAUGUUUGAAAUACUAUCUAAGCGCGGAUAACGUCUGGUUCAACGAUCCUGAUUGGCUGCUACACAAACAAUGGGCUGCCUUUUCAAUCAGUAAUCUGUAUGAUGAUAUUGUGCUUUUUUUGUGUGACAGGAAUCAGGGUUAGACUCAAGUAAUGAAAUCUUUGUCCAUAAAUGUUGAAGUGAAUUAAAAUUUGUGCAUUCAAAAGUG